CAUUCGGCUCAUCUAGUCUAAAGGUUGCAAUCAGCCUUGGACCAAAGGGACCUAACUUCUGGCAUAAAUAGCAGCAAGCACUCUGGUUUCAUCCUUUUCUGUGGCAGAACUGCUAAGCUGCAAGAAGAAGCAAGGGCUCUUAACUUCCCAGGGCUUCACAGGAAACACCACCCAGUAAGUGUGAAAUAUUUGCAUGUAUUACUAAUGUACAUUCCUACUAUCUUAGCUGCUGUUUUUAAUUCUGUCCAAUUCUUAAAGUAAAGAAGUUUUAAAAAUAAUGUUAAAAGUUAUUGUUUAAAACAAUCAUAGUUUGGUGUUUUAUUAUCUAAUAUCUUGUAAAAUAUGCCCCCCUCCUAAUUUCUGCAUCAUGGGACUUAGCAGCUAGAUUAUGCCUUAAAUUUGCAUGUACUAACUCUGACCUACAGUGUUGUAUGCCAUGAGGCAGUUUUUAAACUCAGUUUUCAAAGGAAGUAUGUCUCUGGGCAAAAUGACGUGCAACUUAGUAUUUUAAAACAUAUAUACCAUACGCACCGAAGCAAUUGCUAACAUAAUUGGGCCAAGAUGUGAUUCCAAUAAGACUGAAAAAGCAAAACUGUAAACGGAUCUUGAAAAAGCACGUUGCCAGAAACAUGCUUCAUUUUCCAAUCGGAAACAUUUGUUUGGGGUACUGUUACAACUUCAACUUAUUCGAAAGUCUUAUGAUUCUUAAAUGCAGCAGAGUUUUUGGCAGUUGACUUUCUGCAUGCUCAGAGUCUAACUGUAUCAAGCUUUCAUUUAUUUAACCCACAGAGAGGAACGUGGAGGGUUUUCUGCACGGGCGAGGAAAUGGAAAACUUGACCGCUGUCUCCAGCUCCUAUAGAAUCAUCAUAGCAUUGCUUUUCACUGUUCUGAGCUUUGUUCAUUGUUUGCCUAUUGAGGAAGACUCUGUUUGCACAGCAGAAGAACUUGCAAGGUACACCAUUAUUUUCACAGGAAAGUGGACCCAGGCAUCGUUCCCUAAGCAGUACCCUCUGUUCAGGCCUCCAGCACAAUGGUCGUCACUUCUGGGUAAGUCAGGCUCGUGCAGUUACUAAAGGCAAGCUAACUCUCUAAAAACCGUACCAUCUUUUCUUAAUUUAUUUAUUUUUUUGUAAUCAAGUUACGUCUAAGUUCCUAUGACUGAGAGACCAAACAUGCACUAUCAGCAAGCUCAGUGUUAUACAAUGUGGGGCUGGUUUCUCCGGCUAGCUUCUGUUUCCAAUUUUGCUGCAGCUAAAGUAAACAGCAUACCUUACUUCUUUAAACAUAGCUUGUUCCACUUCAGAAAGAGAGGAGAAGAACAGCAUACAGUAUAUUAUUAAGCAAAUCUAAACCAGACUCCUGCCUGCUGCAAUGUCUUCCCUUCCACAGGCGCUGCCCAUAACUCUGACUACAACAUGUGGAAAAUGAACGAGUUUGCCAGCAACGGGAUGCGUGACUUUGCCGAAAGAGGUGAACCCUGGGCAUUAAUGAAGGAAAUAGAAGCAGCUGGGGAAAAAAUCCAAAGCAUUCACGGAAUAUUCUCCGCUCCUGCCAUUUCCACUGGCACGGGGCAAACGGCCGCAGACUUGGAGGUCCACCCAAGACACCCGCUGGUAAGUAGGGAAAAUACUCAUUGGCCUAUUUUUUUGUAAAAAAAUAAAUAAAAAAUAGAGCCAUCACCCGAUUAAAGAAAUGGAAGUCGGUUACUUAAAACGAGUGUGUUAUUCAGUCAGUUGUUUUCCCCCCAAAAUUGCAUGCAAUUAAAACAAUGGUUUUCAACAACCGGGAGUCCUUAAAUUUUAGGUGUGUACAUCACAGCAAGCACCUUUGAAGAGAGGCAUGUCGUUGUGUGUCUGUCCGCAGGGGGAAUGCCUCUUUCAAGAUGGUUCCUGCCACCUCCGUAUGGUUUUUAAAAAUAUAAGUAAAGGUAAAGGGACCCUUGACCAUUAGGUCCAGUCAUGGCCGACUCUAGGGUUGCGGCGCUCAUCUUGCUUUAUUGGCCGAGGAAGCUGGCAUACAGCUUCCAGGUCAUGUAGCCAGCAUGACUAAGCUGCUUCUGGCGAACCAGAGCAGCGCACGGAAACGCCAUUUACUUUCCCGCCGGAGCGGUACCUAUUUAUCUACUUGCACUUUGAUGUUCUUUUGAACUGCUAGGUUGGCAGGAGCAGGGACCGAGCAAUGGGAGCUCACCCCGUCACGGGGAUUCGAACCGCCGACCUUCUGAUCGGCAAGUCCUAGGCUCUGUGGUUUAACCCACAGCACCACCCGCGUCUAUAAGUAGUUAUAGUACUAUAAGUAGUACUAUAAGUAGUUACAUCUAAAUAAAGGCUUUAAAAGAAAAGAAACGACCGUGUUGGCCAAUUCAUUGGGGUGUCAACAGGCCUGUUCAGAGGUUGUGUGAUGCCUGGGGCGAGAGUCUUGUUAGAAUAAAGUUAUAAACUCAAACAAAAAAAGCAGCCUGCUUGGUUACAUAAGAGCAAGGUAGCUCAGAUAAACCAGUUUAUUGCACCAGACACGUGGCUCCAACAGCCCAGGACAUGCGCCACUGCGGUGGCGGCAGCGCCGAAUCAGAUCCUCAUCUGCUAGUAUGCAGUAACGCAGGUCUAGAUUUUACUAUCAAAGUCUUGCAGCGCAUUAAGUCCCCAGUCAGCUGGGUGGUACGGGUCCAGUGGAAGAUUUAGGAAAGUGCAACCAGAUUGGUCAUGUUGGGCAUAGAGCCUUGGGGUGGCACUGUGGUCUAAACCACUGACCCUCUUGGGCUUGCUGAUCAGAAGAUCGGUGGUUCAAAUCCCUGCGACGGGGUGAGCUCCUGUUGCUCUGUCCUAGCUCCUGCCAACCGAGCAGUCUGAAAGCAUACCAGUGCAAGUACAUAAAUAGGUACCACUGCAGCGGGAAGGUAAACGGCGUUUCCGUGCGCUCUAGUUUCCAUCACGGUGUCCUGUUGCGCCAGAAGCAGUUUAGUCCUGCUGGCCACAUGACCCGGAAAGCUGUCUGUGGACAAACACCAGCUUCCUCGGCCUGAAAGCGAGAUGAGCGCCGCAACCCUAUAGUCGCCUUUGACUGGACUUAACCGCUCGGGGGUCCUUUACCUUCACUUUUUAGAGCCGUGGGGGUGCCACAACUACAAUUCAUAAUGGAGCGCAAGAGGCCUUGCAUGGGAUGCUGCUGAAAUUUGAAAGCCCAAGGUCUUGGCAUGACAGCUUAAGUUUGGCAGGUCCCUGGCAGGGGCCCCCCAACCAACUUAGCCCUCCAAGGCCUAUCACAAGUGUAUCCAGCUGCCCCCCCUCCAAAUAGGCCUGAGGAUCAAUUGAGGCAUCUAACUGAUUCGUCAAUCAAAGGUUGCAGCUCUUGGAAGCAUGGGUGGAAUUGCAUGAGCAGACGUCACCUUCCUCUUUUCACCCACUUCAGAUUUUGAGGGUGGAGCGGAGACUGCCGAGAGGAGGAGAGGAAGGCAACGUCCCAUCGCAUUAGAAGUCUGCUCCACGCCUGCACAAACAGCUUUGUACACAGCCCAAUAUGUGCAUGACUGAAACUAUUUGAAGAAGAGUCUCUUAUAUAAGCGCCGCAGAGUUUAAUAUAUUUUGCUCAAGAGGCCGCCAAGUGUGAUGUGGGAAAGGGCCGUAUUGUGCCAUAAUCAAUAAAAAUAAAUAAAGUAGAUUAUUUCUAAAACAGACUCUCCAAGUGUCCCUAUUUUCCAGUGACAGUCCUGGAUUUACAGAAGGCGUCCUGGGUUCUAAUUUGAUCCCAGAAUGUCCCGCUUUUCCUUAGGACAUCCCUAUUUUCAUCAGAGAAAUGUUGGAGGGCAUGAAGUUAUGCGACUCCUGAGCCAAGAAGAUACAACCAUUAGAAGCCUGUAUAGGGAUUUUUUUUAAAAAAAUGUUUAAUGGGUGGCAUAUAAAUAAUCAACUUAUUAUGAUUAUUGAAUAGGACACCCCUAUUUCCAUCGGAGAAACUUUGGAGGGUAUGUUAUGAUAUUACUGUUACACUGGUUUAUUUACAUGUGACGUUGUGGUGCAAUAAUAUAAGGAGGCUUAAUCUAACGUGCUUAAUUCGGGUUCUGAAGUAAGCCUUUUCUUUUUUUUUAACUGCUAGGUGUCCAUUGCAGUGCGAAUUGUGCCCAGCCCUGACUGGUUCGUGGGCAUUGACAGUUUAAAUCUGUGUGAAAAAGACCACUGGAAACAGAAAGUAUCUUUGGAUCUUUUCCCGUAUGACGCUGGCACUGACAGUGGCUUCACGUUUUCCUCCCCCAAUUUUGCCACUAUCCCACAGGAUCCUGUCACAGAGGUAAGUUUCUAAGCCGUUCCUUGACUGGUCAAACACACAAUUCCAUUCAACAUUAGUGUGAUCAUUAUUUUAUAUCACAGCCGUAAUUGUGAUGGUAGCAUAGGGACACGGGUGGCGCUGUGGGUUAAACCACAGAGCCUAGGACUUGCUGAUCAGAAGGUCGGCGGUUCGAAUCCCCCCAAUGGGGUGAGCUCCUGUUGCUCGGUCCCUGCUCCUGCCAACCUUGCAGUUCGAAAGCACGCCAGUGCAAGUAGAUAAAUAGGUACCGCUCUGGCGGGAAGGUAAACGGCAUUUCUGUGCGCUGCUCUGGCAAACCAGAGCAGUGCACAGAAACGCCCUUUACCUUCCCGCCGGAGCGGUACCUAUUUAUCUACUUGCACUUUGACGUGCUUUCGAACUGCUAGGUUGGCAGGAGCAGGAACUGAGCAACGGGAGCUCACCCGUUGUGGGGAUUCAAACCGCCAACCUUCUGAUCGGCAAGCCCUAGGCUCAGUGGUUUAACCCACAGCACCACCCACAUCCCUCACAUUGUCUACGAUGUCUAUAUUUCAGGCAGUUUCUGCAUGUGCUGUAGAGGGAAGUGUGGGGCAGAUAAGGCUCAUCAACAGGGGAAGGUAACUCAUCUGGGAGAGGGAAAACUCUAGUUCUAAACCUCCGCUGCCUUAAGGGAUAUCUUUGGGAUGUUGUCAUGUGGGCAGCCCAGGAUCUCCAUACACACUGCUCAGGAAGUGACCUGGCAGGUCACUAUGGCAGACUAAUCCAGCAAACACAAAGCGGGAGGGAGCAGUUUUGAGUUACCACUGGUCUCUGCAGCCACAGCAAGUGCUGUGAAUCUUCAGUGGCUCGACUUCACCCCCAGAGGUGCACUCCAUUGUCUCUCGAGACAGACGGAUGCCAACGACAACAAGAGACGUUCAUUGGACAUCUGUAUAGAGGUCAAAUCACAUAAGCCUCUUUCACAAGAGCACCACCUCCUGAUUUUAAGAGUUAGCAAUCGAGGGCAUCAAGCGAUGCACACAACUCUGUGUAUGUCGGCUCCCAGUCAAAUGUGAUGUCAUAAAGUAUGGGGUUUUUUGUGACUCCAUAACAAGUUGAUCACUAUCCCAACUCUCAAAGCCUCUUUUGACAUUUCUUUAAUACUGUUUUUAAAAGAGCAUUCCAGAGGCAAGAGCUUUUUGCCGCAACAAAUAGGUGCAAUUAAUUUUUCUUUCUUUCUUCAUGCACAGAGGUCUGCACAUUGAUACCUGUUUUUAGGGAAACAGCAAAAUUUCACAUCUAAAGCCAUUCUUAGGCUGUAACAUGCAACCCAUCCAUAGGAUACAAUGUGAGGGGGAGCUUAUUGGUGUUUUUGAAUUCUUAAAAUUCAUGGCACUUCCCCCCCCCCAAAAAAAAAUCAAUUUGUUUAUGCAGGUGCAAACCCUUUACUAAUGGCCUUGGAAUGCACAUACUUAAUAGUGUUCUUCUUAGCACUUUUGCCUUUUUGAAAAACCUUUAACUCUGCUGACUGUUCUCCUACAGGUGAGAAAUGUUACAGCAUGGUUUGUUGCUCAGACAAACCAUGAUCAAUAAGUCAAGAACAUACUUUAACUACAGAUCAUGGUUUGAUCAGAGUGUAACAAAUCAUGAUCCCCAGUUCAGACAGAACACUAAGCAUGGUUUGUUUCACCUGUACUCUAGCAGGCAGGAACAGAGUGGUUAAGAUUGACAUGUUGACAUUAAUAUGGUUUACUGUGAUGUGUGAACAAGGCCACUCAGACAUUGCCCUACUAUGGGAAAGAAGCAGGCAAUGUUGUCAAUAACUGCCGGCUACUUCGGAGAAGGUGUAACCUCAGGUACAGCUUUGCUAUUGGUUAAAAACUGUUUUACAUAUUUAUUGAAACACUUUCACAAAGCUUCACACACAAAGCUGCACCAAGAAACAAAAAACAAUCAUAAAACCACAAUAAAACCACUAGGGCUGUGCAGACAUCCCUGAUCUGAUUUAUAACCCUGAUUUAUAAAUCUGGAUUGGACCAGAUUUGGUCUAGACCAGAUUCAGCCAAUCCCAGAACUGAACCCAGCUUGUGAUCCAGAAAUGACAGAUCCCCAGAAAUCCUAUUGCAAAACAAGAGCAUUCUUGUUUCUUUACAUAGAGCAGUGGUGGCCAAACUUGGCCCUCCAGCUGUUUUGGGACUACAAUUCCCAUCAUCCCUGACCACUAGUCCUGUUAGCUAGGGAUGAUGGGAAUUGUAGUCUGAAAUCAGCUGGAGGGCCAGGUUUGGCCACCACUGACAUAGAGGCAUGAACUGUGGAGCUGUGUUUGCUGCAACAGAGGCACAGUAGCUGUAGGGGGUUGCAUUCUAGCUCCUACGACUGCCCCUUGCCCCCUGCUUUUGAUAGUUCUGGAUUACCCCGGGUGGAUCUGCCACAGAGCUAUCCUGGGCUCCUGCUAUCCACUCUGGCUGAAUCCCGGUUCAGUUCAAAUUGGUACAAUUUGGUUCCCUGGCAUUUGUUGGCAUGUUGAGAUUGUGGGCAUCCGUCUGUCUCGGGAGACAAUGAAAGGGUGCACCUUUGGGGGGUGACAUCAACCCGCUGGAGACUCUGAACUCCCAAGAACCCACUGAAGUAAGUGGACAGUGGUGGGUCAGCACUGUGUUGACCAGGGUCUGCCUGGCUUAAUGAAGGCAGUAGCUGACCAGUGAAACACAAUCAUCUCUCUCACUGAUGGAAGGCAACCUCUAGUGCUCAUACCUUAUGCCAGUCAAGUUGAGCUUAAGGUAAAGGUAAAGGGACUCCUGACCAUUAGGUCCAGUCGCGGACGACUCUGGGGUUGUGGCGUUCAUCUCGCUUUACUGGCUGAGGGAGCCAGCGUACAGCUUCUGGGUCAUGUGGCCAGCAUGACUAAGCUGCUUCUGGCGAACCAGAACAGCGCAUGGAAACACCAUUUACCUUCCCGCCAGAGUGGUACCUAUUUAUCUACUUGCACUUUGACGUGCUUUUGAACUGCUAGGUUGGCAGGAGCUGGGACCGAGCAACGGGAGCUCACCCCGUUGUCAGGAUUCGAACCACCAACCUUCUGAUUGGCAAGCCCAAGAGGCUCUGUGGUUUAACCCACAGCGCCACCCGCAUCUAAGUUGAGCUUAGAACUUGUAAAUGCUGCCUUUCACACACCGAAGUGACCUUUCUGGGGUGCAACACUUUUACUCUCGCAAGAUUCAAUGUAUUGCCCUCGGCUGUAUUUGAGGGACGAUUCCAACAGAUUCCACAUGAAAAACGCUUAUGUCCAUGUGGAGUUGGGAGUACCGAAUCGGUGGCGCAUGCCCUUCUGGCUUGCACUCUUUAUAAAGACUUGAGGAGUGAGAUUAUCACCCCUCUUUUAUCGUCUGUUCUGGGUCUCCCAACCACUGCCACAAUGUCCUUUCUCUUGGCAGAUCAAGAUGAGCAGGUGACAGCAAAGGUUUUUAGCUGGGGCAAUCAGAAUAAGAUCCACCAUUUGACUAUUGAUUCAAAACCCCAAAAUGUAUUUUAUAUAAUUGCCUUUUUAUUUCUAUCCUUUGUAUAUCGUAUCUUUGUUUUAUUACUAUGGCUGACGGCUGAUGCAAAUAAAAUUCAUUCAUUCAUUCUCUGGGGCACAAGCCUGGGCAGUGUGCAUGGAAGUCUUGGGCUGCCCAGACCACAAGACUGGCAUAUACUUGGCCAGAGCCAGUGAACUCCCCUAAUAUAUACGGAGAGCUAUCCCCAUGAUGGGGUGAGCUCCCAUUGCUCGGUCCCUGCUCCUGCCAACCUAGUUCAAAAGCACGUUGAAGUGCAAGUAGAUAAAUAGGUACCGCUCUGGCAGGAAGGUAAACAGUGUUUCCGUGUGCUGCUCUGGUUUGCCAGAAGCGGCUUAGUCAUGCUGGCCACAUGACCCAGAAGCUGUACGCCGGCUUCCUCGGCCAAUAAAGCGAGAUGAGCGCUGCAACCCCAGAGUCGGUCACGACUGGACCUAAUGGUCAGGGUUCCCUUUACCUUUUUAUACUAAUAGUUCUCUGAUUGCUUCUCCUUAUGCAGCCCAAACGUUGCCAUCUAUUAACCAGCAGAUUUGAUGGAACCCCAAGAUUAGUAAAAGAUCAAAAAGAAACCUUUAGGGGAAAAUGAGAACUGAGCAUGUUCAAUGGGUGCAGUACUAUGAUGAAUGGUGAUGGGACAGCAAAUGGAAGUGGUGGAACCCUGUGCAGGAGCAACCCGCACUGCAACAUUUUGCUGCAGAUUCCCUUUGUGAUACUAAAUUGGUAUCUUUUGUAUAUGUGUUUCAAUUCACAGAUCACUGCUUCCUCUCCAAGUCACCCAGCAAACUCGUUUUAUUACCCCAAGCUUAAAAAAUUACCACCUAUCGCUCGAGUAACUAUGAUAAAAGUGAAAAGAGGCAAACUAGGAUUUCCUCCUCCUCAGCCCAAUGUGACUGCAAUCAGGAAUGAAAUUGAUGAUUCUGUUUCAGGUAAGUGUUUAACACUUGGAUAACGUGGACUGUUUUGCUAUAAGUAAGUAUGUAAUGUGAAAAAAUGAAUGCACAGGGAGAUCAUAUGGAUAAAUGGCAAAAAUACAUUUAUAUAGAUAAUCCCUGUGGGAUAAUUAAUAAAAGAAUUGGCUGGAUCCCUAGAGAUCCAAAGUGCAAGGCUAAACGUAAAGGUAAAGGGACCUCUGACUAUUAGGUCCAGUUGUGGCUGACUCUGGGGUUGCGGCGCUCAUCUUGCUUUACUGGCCAAGGAAGCCGGCGUACAGCUUCCGGGUCAUGUGGCCAGCAUGACUAAGCCGCUUCUGGCAAACCAGAGCAGCGCACAGAAACGCUGUUUACCUUCCUGCCGGAGCGGUACCUAUUUAUCUACUUGCACUUUGACGUGCUUUCAAACUGCUGGGUUGGCAGGAGCAGGGACCGAGCAACGGGAGCUCACCCCUUCGCAGGGAUUCGAACCGCCGACCUUCUGAUCGGCAAGUCCUUGGCUCUGUGGUUUAACCCACAGCGCCACCCACAUCCCUUAAGGCUAAACAUACUCUCCAGCAAAAAAGAGCCCCCAACAGACUUUAAAAACACAGAAUCAUGCAGCAAAGUUAAGCAAGGGAAUAAUAGACCUUUUAAAUAUUCUGUUCUAGCUGCUUAUGAUGCUUCCCCUUUCUACCCCUCUCACAAUGAACAGACCAUACCAUUAGUAAGUUUGAAUGCUUUACUUACAAACACUGAAGGUCAGAAGGUCAGAUUCACAUGUUAUUCCAUGCAGUGGCAAGUAGGCAGAAAUCUUGGGAUACAAAAUAUAGUGAAAUAGCUCUAAGUACGUGGUCUGAGCUUGUAGUGAGCUAUCUUGGUGAGUUCACAUCCUGAAAAAAGAACAAACAAAGGAGGGAAAUUAACUUUCUUCCAGGUGAGGGAUGUUACCUAGCUGAGCCUAGGAAUGCAAUUUUGUGGCCUUAACCCCUUCAUGCAUUAACCAGCCUUCAGCUUGCUAGUUAUGCUUGACUACAGUUUCCCACACAAUUUCCCUUCUGCAAGUGAUAGUGAAGUUUACUUCCAAAGGAGUACAGUGGUACCUUGGUUCUCAAACUUAAUCUGUUCUGGAAGUCCGUUCCAAAACCAAAGCAUUCCAAAACCAAGGCACGCUUUCCCAAAGAUAAUGCAAAACGAAUUAAUCCAGGCUUUUAAAAACAACCCCUAAAACAGUAAUUUAACAUGAAUUUUACUAUCUUAACAAAACCAUUGAGCCAUAAAAUGGAAGCACUAAUCAAUGUACUGUACUAUAAAAUAAAUAAGACUGUAUUGUAGAUGAUAAAGAAUAUUUUUUUCUUUCUUACCUGCACUGAUAGUCAAUGUUUGGAUGGGGGACUUUUAUCCACUUCCUCAGUCACACAGUCAAUCUAUCAGUAGCUGCAUAGCUGUCAACUUUUCCCUUUUCUUGCGAGGAAUCCUAUUCAGAAUAAGGGAAUUUCCCUUAAAAAAAAGGAAACGUUGACAGCUAUGGUAGCUGAACUGGGUUCCACACAGUCACAAAAAACAAAUUAACCAAAAAAGCCUCAAAAACCAAAACGCAAAAUAAAUAGCAAUAACAAAAGCGCCAAACUUAAUCCGUUCCAGAAGUCUGUUUGACUUCUGAAAUGUUCGAAAACCAAGGUGCAGCUUCUGAUUGGUGCAGGUGUUCCAGAAACAAUAGCCGACAGCUGCAUCGGACGUUCGGCUUCCGAAAAAUGUUCGAAAACUGGAACACUUCCAGUUUCUGGCGUUUGAGUACCCAGGCGUUUGAGAACCAAGGCAUUUGAGAACCAAGGUACCACUGUACUGGCUAGAGUGGAAUUUCAUCAGGCAGAUCACAUGAAGUGCUUUAUGCUGAUACCACACAUCUGCCGGCAGAUUGCUGCCACUGCCCACUGGACAUUCAUAUGACCAGCCACAACAAAGCUGAUUUUAAAAAGCUGCAGGUUGUGCAAUGGUAUCACAGCCAUGUGGAAGGAUGGCUUUUCUGCAACCAGUCCUCAGUGUGUGUAGUAAAUUAUUUGACUUGAUGAAAGAGUGACCAUUAGUGCCUCUGCUUUACUUUAGUUAAAAACUGUGCAGACUGCUGCUUCAUUCAUACCUUAGGGCAGAGGUCCUCUCCCAAACACCCCUGGUCCAUCUGAGAAGGUUCUUUUACCUUCAGCUAGUAAGUGUUUGGGGAUGUCUAAACCACAGAGCCUAGGGCUUGCUGAUCAGAAGGUCAGCAGUUCAAAUCCCCGCGACAGGGUGAGCUCCCAUUGCUCAGAUCCUGCUCCUGCCAACCUAGCAGUUCGAAAGCACGUCAAAGUAGAUAAAUAGGUACCACUCCGGCAGAAAGGUAAACGGCGUUUCCGUGCUCUGCUCUGGUUUCGCCAGAAGCGGCUUAGGCAUGCUGUCCACAUGACCCGGAAGCUGUACGCCAGCUCCCUUGGCCAGUAAAGCGAGAUGAGCGCCGCAAGCCGAGAGUCGUCCGGAACUGGACCUAAUGGUCAGGGGUCCCUUUACUUUUUAGUAAGUGUUUAGUUAAGGUGCUUACAAAUUCACCCACAUGUUAAACAGCAUGGAAAUUGUAAUCACCACCGAGGAAGUAAGCAAAUUUUGCAACACGUCAUGUACACUUUCUCUUGGAUUUUCAGCCCCAGUGCUGCUUAUGUUCAGUCAGAGUUAGCCGAAACUGGCAUCAUAAUUUAUCAUUCCCAUGCAUUCUGGUGCUUGAGUGAACUUACAAUGGCCUUAACUCUUUCCUUACACCAAUGGUUGCUUGAGCCUAGGAUUUCCAUGCCUAGGAAUUUCCUAAAAGGAAAUUCAAGGCAAUCAUUUAUGUAUAUUAUACCUUUAGAAAGUGAAAGCAUUUAGCACAUAUUCUCUUAGGAAUCUUCAUAGUUUGUCCAGUAGUUCAUAACAACAACAACAACAACAACAACAAUUUAUUAUUUAUAUCCUGUCUAUCUGGCUGGGUUUCCCCAGCCACUCUGGGAGGUUCCCAACAGAAUAUUCAAAAUGCAAUAAAAACAUUAAAAACUUCCCUCAACAGGGCUGCCUUCAGAUGUCUUCUAAAAGUCAGUUAUUCAUUUCCUUGACAUCUGAUGGGAGGGCGUUCCACAGGGCGGGUGCCACUACCGAGAAGGCCCUCUGCCUGGUUCUCCUGUAACCUCACUUCUCUCAGGGAAGGGAACCACCAGAAGACCCUCGGAGCUGGACCUCAGUGUCUGGGCUGAACGAUGGGGGUGGAGACGCUCCUUCAGGUAUACUAGGCUGAGUGUUAUGUGGUCUCGGCGGCCACUCCCAGUCACCAGUCUAGCUGCCGCAUUCUGGAUUAGUUGUAUUUUCCGGGUCACCUUCAAAGGUAGCCCCACGUAGAGCGCAUUGCAAUAGUCCAAGCGGGAAAUAACCAGAGCAUGCACCACUCUGGUGAGACAGUCCGCGGGCAGGUAGGGUCUCAGCCUGUGUACCAGAUGGAGCUGGUAGACAGCUGCCCUGGACACAGAAUUGACCUGUGUCUCCAUGGACAGCUGUGAAUCCAAAAUGACUCCCAGGCUGUGCACCUGAUCCUUCAGAAGCACAGUUACCCCAUUCAGGACCAGGGAAUCCCCCACACCUGCCCACCCCCUGUCCCCCAAAACAGCACUUCUGUCUUGUCAGGAUUCAACCUCAAAAGAAAACUUUCUGAGCCUACAAUGUAUUCCAUUGUUGCUUAACUUUGAGAGUGAAGGGACCACAGCUAAGACAGGAAGCCUGAUGCAAACCUUGGACUAUAGACCACUGCUAUCAGAAACAGUGAACUGAGAGAUAUCAAAAGAGAUGUUAGAACAGAUCACUAGAACAGGGGUAGGCAACCUAAGGCUGGAUGUGGCCCAAUCGCCUUCUCAAUCCGGCCCGCGGACAGUCCAGGAAUCAGUGUGUUUUUACAUAAGUAGAAUGUGUCCUUUUAUUUAAAAUGCAUGUCUGGGUUAGUUGUGGGGCUUGCCUGGUGUUUUUACAUGAGUAGAAUGUGUGCUUUUAUUUAAAAUGCAUGUCUGGGUUAUUUGUGGGGCAUAGGAAUUUGUUCAUUCCCCCACCCCUCUAAUAUAGUCCAGCCUGCCACAUGGUCUGAGGGAUGGUGGACUGGCCCACGGCUGAAAAAGGUUGCUGACCGCUAGACUAGAGGAAAUAAGCUAAACUCAGCAAAUUCUCUCUCUCUCUCUCUCUCUCUCUCUCUCUCUGUCUCUCUGUCUCUCUCUCUCUCUCCCCCCAUAGACAAUUUCACACACACACACACACACACACACACACACACACACACACAAACAUAUUUAGAGCACAAUUUUUAUUAAUUUAAAAAGACUACCAGCUUUUGGUACAGUUCCAUGCAGUAGCUUCAAUAGAGGUGUACAGCAACAGACAAUCUCACAAAGUUUAGUCAGUUAAAGAGGAAGAUUGCAGGGGAGGGUUGUGGUUUUUUUGGUGUUUUUUUUUGAAAGAGUAAGAAGAAAGCAAGAUGAACUGGGAAUGUAUCAAGUUGUUUACAUCACAGUUCUCCAGAGCUUUUGCUUUAGUUUAAACAAAACUUAUGCAACCAUACAUUGUGACAUUAUGUUAGGGAAAAUAGGGGAAAACACUAUGGAAAACACUUGUUGCGAAUUCUGACUGGAAAUACUAUUUCAUAUAUGUGGACAUUUCAGUUAGUUUAAUACAAGUCACCAGAAUACAAGUCACCAGAUCUUGAACAACUAUGCUGGCACUCAGAGCGUUCUGGGGCUUGCUUUUAAAGGCUUGCAAGGCUUGGGGUCCAGGAAUAUCCCCACUUAUUGUCAGAGACCUAUGGCUUAAACCUGGCUUGUUUGAAAUUAACCACUGUUUGUCAACACAGUGUGAUAGGAAUUUUAUGGUCUUAGAUAUAUGGUAAUGUUCAUAAGUGUACCAACCAAGCACGUACAUAGAUCAGCACAGGAAGACCAACCUGGAACCAUUUUGAUUCCUAAACUGAGCAAAUGUUUUCUCUGCAAGGUCAAAGUGGGAAACCUCCCCAUUGUCUCUUUCCUCACAAAUCCUGUCUUAAGGGCACAUUUAAGAUAUGAAUAGGGUGUGAGCCUGUGACCUGGCCCAGGAACUAAGUACAAAUCAUUGACCAGAGAUCCUCAGGCAAUCCAAUCAAGUAACCUGCCAGACAGGAGAUAAACAAGGACAGGAGAAAAACAACAUUCAAAUUUCUGUUUAAGACCGCCUUUUCUGUGAUGUAUGCAUGAUGUAUGGAGGGCUGGUCUUGGUUACGCUCUCAGUGAUGCAUGUAUGAAGUUUCUAAGGUGGUCUGAUCUACAGGUGGCAGUUCAAAGUCUUUAUAAGGCCUUGUGUGCCAUUGUUCUGGGUCCUCCUCCUCGCCUGCAGGUGAGGGGAGCACCCUGUUGCAACAGAUCAAUAAAGAUCAAGCUUACUAGCUGCUUUGCUUCUCAAUAUUCUCUGGUUGGCCUCUGUUAUCUUCUCCUACCAAUAGGGAACCUAUGUAAGGACUCUAUAUGGGCUCUUGGAUACCCCAUAAAGGAAAAGGGCAAUUUUUGUUUACAUCAACAGCAUACUAUAGCUGAGGGAAAGCAGGAAGCUUCCAUCGCCUUCUCCUGGCCUUGAGGGACAAGCAUGGGGCAGGAUGCUUGAUAUGGUUCAUGCACACUUGGCUCCUGGAUCUGAAGCAGACUCCUGUUGCUUUAUCCAUUUCCUGUAUAUUUCAGAAACUCCCCUGGAUUGUGAGACAUCGCUGUGGUCUUCUUGGGGCCUCUGCAGAGGCACGUGUGGACAUUUAGGAACUAAAAGACGAACUCGGUAUAUACGUCUCCAGCCGGCCAAUAAUGGAUUACCCUGCCCAGAGCUGAAUGAAGAAAAAGAAUGCGACCCGGAUAACUGCGUGUGAGACGGUUCUCUGGGACAAUAAUUUAGAUAAUUUAAAUAUAGGAUACACUUGGUUAACACCACCUAUUCCUGUUAAUAUUCCUUAUUUUUCAGAAUAGUUGUAAUAUUUUGUUGAAAUGUUUUGCUAAACUGAGUUGGGCAUGUUUAGCCUGGAGAAGAGGAGGUUAAGGGGUGAUAUGAUAGCCAUGUUCAAAUAUAUAAAAGGAUGUCACAUAGAGGAGGGAGAAAGGUUGUUUUCUGCUGCUCCAGAGAAGUGGACACGGAGCAAUGGAUCCAAACUACAAGAAAGAAGAUUCCACCUAAACAUUAGGAAGAACUUCCUGACAGUAAGAGCUGUUCGACAGUGGAAUUUGCUGCCAAGGAGUGUGGUGGAGUCUCCUUCUUUGGAGGUCUUUAAGCAGAGGCUUGACAACCAUAUGUCAGGAGUGCUCUGAUGGUGUUUCCUGCUUGGCAGGGGGUUGGACUCGAUGGCCCUUGUGGUCUCUUCCAACUCUAUGAUUCUAUGAUUCUAUUCUAUGAUUCUAUGAUUCUAUGAGUUGCUAGAUAGAAAACAGCCUUUUUAUUAUGGACUACUGCAGUGCCACCUGGUGGCAGAAACAUUUCUCAACCGUAUGUACUUCAAUUAUCAGACAUGCAUAUCUGUAAAAAAAAAAAGUAAAGGCCACUACUUUUAAGAAUUAGAA